AUGUCUGCGACUGAAGCAAUCGACCACCAGCUGGAGAAGGACGUGGGCCCCUCAAGCUCUCCCCAGAACGGGAACAACGGUGCCCCAAUGCAGCCCCAGAUGUCCGCCGAAGAGCACCAGGUAGCACGCGCCGCCGCGCGCUUCGGAUAUGGACCUCUUGCCCACGUCAACGCCACAGAAGCAUCUCUGCCUCCCUUCGGUGGUGAGUUCCAGCCUGGUCUGUACAAGUCCGUUGAGGGCCGCAAGUUCGCCAAUCCCGCUCCUCUUGGCCUGUGCGCUUUCGCCCUCACCACUUUCGUCCUGAGCGCCAUCAACAUGGGUACCCUGGAUAUCGGUAGCCCUAACAUUGUUGUCGGUCUUGCUUUCGGUUACGGUGGUCUUGUCCAGCUUCUUUCUGGCAUGUGGGAAAUGGCUGUUGGUAACACCUUCGGUGCUACUGCUCUCUCCUCCUACGGUGGUUUCUGGAUCGCAUUCGCCAUGGUCUUGACCCCUGGUGGGUUCGAGAUCGAGAAGAACCUCGGCGGUGCGGGCGCGAAGUUCUAUGACUCCAUGGGUCUUUUCCUGAUGGGUUGGUUCAUCUUCACCACCAUCAUGCUGUUCUGCACCCUCAAGUCCACUGUUGCUUUCUUCCUGCUGUUCUUCACCCUGGACAUCACCUUCCUCCUGCUUGGUAUCUGCUACCUGCACCGCGGCGCUGAUGGCCACCCCAACGUCCCCAUCCAGAAGGCCGGUGGUUUCUUCGGUUUCCUCGCUGCUUUCGCCGCCUGGUACAACGCCCUCGCUGGUAUCGCCGAUACUAGCAACAGCUUCUUCAUCAUCCCCGUCGCUCACUUCCCCUGGUCCCCCACUGGCCGUGUCCGCCGUGGUAAGACCGAGCGUGAGCUCGCAUAA